GUUCACUCUGCAAACUUUUUACAGUCUAGCGUUGGUCUUUAAUUGGAGACUAAUGUCUUUUUAUUUUCCAAGUUAAUUUUAUGUAAUUAAAUAUAAUCAUCGCAUGGUUUAUUUGUUUUUCUUUACAUGAUAUUGAUGUGCGAGUUCAAUAACUUUUGUGUGAGGGUCAGUGCACCGGAAACAGUUCAGGUUCCCUAUUAAUUUUGAAUAAAUCAGGACCAGCCUAGGAUCAGUAGACCAUUCAUUAGUUCUGAUGAAAAUGCCGACCCUUAGUCUAAUAGAGCAUGUGAACAUCAAUGUACCUUCUUUUUCCUCUGGUUGCGACACUGAUAAAUGUAGGGGUAUCAUUAAGCGAAUCAGUGGAAUAUCAACAAAAUGGAAUACUAUCACCAUCUAUAAAUAGAAACCAAAACACCGGUUUUAUAAAUAACAGCAAUGAUUUGUCCUUAAAACUUAAACAAAGGGCUUUAGAAAAUUUAAAAGACCAUUCAAGCUGGAACAAAUUUAAUUACAAAGUUGAACAAAAUUUCCGGGACAUUCCCACUCAUACUGAGUCGAUCGAUGACUCGCUGUUUGAUUACUUUGAUGACUCACUACUAAAUGAACCGGACGAAGUGAUGAUAAGUCAACUGUCAAAAUAUCUUUCGUCACUUCUAACCCAGCCGAAAUGGGAAACACCGUUAGUGAUUGUCGAGGACCCGAUGCUCGACGAAGAGAGUGAAGACUCAAGUGAACUUGACAUGAUGCAUUCUGUUGACAAGAGAUCGAGAUACUAUCGCCGCUAUCCAUGGAAGCGUCAACACUUGAGAUCUGGAAAUUCAUUUGAUUACGAGUCAGUACGUCUCUGCACUCCUUCACGAGAAGAUGUUUUGCAAUUAUUAGUCGCUCUGCACGAUGUACGUCAGGGAAAUAAAUCACGGACUGUUAACUUCUGCAAAACUCGGCGACCUGUCGGCAAAGUCUUCACUAAUAUUCGAUUCCUCGGUCGUAGAAAGUAAUUA